AUGCUCAAAUCCUCCUCUCAAACUCUUCUUAAAAUGUCCUCCACUCAAGCUCACCUCCUUACCUCCGCUUAUGGCCCAGAACCUGUCAAUUACUACGGCCAUUCCUCUCUUAACAGACUCAGCUUUCUCCGUGAAAACUACUCCUUUCUCCACCAAGCAGUUACUCACCCAUCUACCAAAUUUCUUCUUCUUGAUGGCCUUUCCCCACCAAUUGUCAAAGCUGACAAUAUAUCCCUUACUCCCAAACCAUUCCAAGAUCUCCCAGACUCUGAAAGGCCUCCCUAUAAAUCACGCCCAGCUGCCCAUAACCUUGUGUUUCUGAACUAUUCCCAGGUCAAAUCCUUUGUCGGAGAACCUUUCAAAACACCAGAACAAACUGCAGUCAAAAACUGGGACUCUUCGCGCGAUGCAAUUGGUGCCUCCAAUACCCCACUUGUUGUUUUCCUAGGAAUUGAAGAAACUAAACACCACUUGUCUAGUAAUACAAAUGAUGAUGAAAGGAACCCUUCCAUUUUCACUUUUAAACAUACAAAUAACUGCCAUUACCACGGAACACCUUACUUUGCAGUCGAUGUGUCCCAAGGAUAUCUCAAAUCAGAAUCCUUAAAAAAGGCAGCCCAAGAUAUCAAAGAAAGUUCCCCCACUCUCCAAGCUGGCUUCGAAUUACGAUUUAACCCAUUCGCCAUCCGUCUCUCACUUGAAGAGUCUUCAUUGCUAGCACAGGCCCGCCAGUAUAUUGAUUGGAACGCCCGUAACCGGUUCUGUGGAGGCUGUGGAGCUCCGACAAUGUCGAUAAACGGUGGUACCAAGCUAGUGUGUCCAGGAACAGACGCUGGGGUUGAAAAGUCUCCGUGUCCCACACGUGGUGUGAUUUCCAAUCUCCAGUUCCCACGCACUGAUACUUCUAUCAUCACGGCCGUAGUCAACCAUGCUGGCAACAAGAUUCUGCUGGGCCGCAACCGCAGGUUCCCUCCUGGAUUUUACUCAUGUUUGGCCGGGUUUCUGGAGCCUGCUGAAACAAUCGAGGACUGUGUUCGCAGAGAAGUUUGGGAAGAAGCUGGCGUACAAGUAGGCAGAGUGGUGAUUCACUCUACUCAACCAUGGCCUUUCCCUGCAAAUAUCAUGGUGGCAUGCAUUGCCCAGAUUGCAGACGCUUCACCAGAAGCUCAUGCUAUCCACUUGGGCCAUGACCCAGAACUUGCAGAUGCUAAAUGGUACACUUUUGACGAACUGCGCGAAUCGUUUAAAGCUUCAACUCUUGAAGGUGCUGUCUUUGGAAGUAGACCAGAGAAUUUGCCUGAAGAUGCACCUCAGUUGCCUCCUCCAGAGGCUGUUGCAUGGACCCUAAUUGAUGCUGUAUUGAGUGGCCGUGUACGGGGUCUUUCCAAUUCCAAGAUUUAA